CAGGUGCACUCCUCUCGUCUGCUGCAUACAAAGACACAAAAUGGAGGUGAAACUACCUGGCUGAGGAAAAGUACAGUAGCGCUAAAUAUUAUGCUGAUGUUUACUUUUGUGUAUUUGGUGAUUUAAAGAAUACAUACGUCGAUUGAGACAUCGAGGAAAAAAGGACUAAACAUGAUUUGGAUUUUAAUCAUCGCCGCUUUAAUGGCGCCAGAGUCCACCACAGCUGUAUCAGUGACUUGCCCUACCAAGAGGUACAUCGUCAUCCUCUUCCAGCCCGUCACCCUCACCUGUAACUACCAGACGACAGCCACUCAACCUCCUGUUGUCACGUGGAGGUACAAGUCUUAUUGCCGGGACCCGAUCCAGGCUGCGUUGAAUCCCAGUAGUGCAGAUAACAUCCUGUCUCAGAACAACCCCAACUACGACGCUAACAUCGAGUGUGCCGACAGCCAGAGGACAGUGCGCAUAGUGGCCUCCAAGCAAGGCAAUGCUGUCACCCUUGGCACGGAGUACCAGGGUCGCAAGAUCAGCAUCCUAAACAAUGCAGACCUGAACCUCGCACAGACUGCGUGGGGCGACAGCGGUGUCUACGUUUGUUCUGUGAUCUCUUCCCAAGAUCUUUCAGGAAAUGGUGAAGAUUACACAGAGCUAAUAGUACUGGACUGGCUCCUCGUUGUUUUGGUGGUCUUGGGUUUCCUGCUACUGCUGCUCUUCAUUGGGAUCUGCUGGUGCCAGUGCUGUCCACAUACCUGUUGCUGCUACAUCAGCUGCCCCUGCUGCCCCGAACGCUGCUGCUGCCCACGAGCAUUGUAUGAGGCAGGGAAAGCAGUGAAGAAAGGUAUACCCAGUCACUAUGCUCCCACUCUCUAUGCUCCCAGUAUGUACGCUCAGCCAGCAUAUGGUGGACCGCUAAUGAAUCAGCCUGGGAUGCCACUGCUUCCUCUACCCAACGGAGCCGGAGCACCACAACCCCACAAUGGUUACGGUCGUGAAUAUGAUGGUGCCAGCUCAGUCGGACAGGGCUCCCAGGUGCCUCUGCUACAUGACCAAGACGGCGGAGGGGACCACACUCGCAGUGGAUAUCGUAUCCAAGUGGACCCUGAUGGGAAUGCCACACGUGCCAUUUAUUACAUGGAGAAAGAACUGGCCAACCUGGACCCGUCCAGACCUGCCAACUACAACCGCUUGGAUAAUAUGAGUGAAGUCUCAUCCCUGCACGAUCAUUUGGACCCUCGGGGCCGCGGGGGUCGUUCACAGCCACCACCUCUGGCAACAGUCUAUGACCGGGAUGAAGCCAUGAGCACCAUCAGCAGUGUUUCCCAGCAUGCCCAGCGCCGGGUUGGGCACAUGGGGGAUCGCGUACGUGCCCGCUCCAUGGAAAACCUUGAUGACAUUGGACGCCACUAUGGCCGAGACGACUACGCACCACGACACCGUGAUGAGCCCAGAGGCCGGAGAGGUUCGGAUGAUGAGUGGAGCAGCAGUGCCCGCAGAGGCUACGGCCGUGACUCUGAUGACCGCAGACGUCGUGACUACUCCCCUGAUGACCGUCGCAGUAAUGGAGGAAGAGAUGGUUACGGUGGCCUCCCCGGAAAACGUAGCCGCAGCCGUGAUGACUUAAUGGAUCUGGAUAGGGAAAGGGAUCGUCGGCCUGGUGGAGGCACGAGGGGCGGGCGAGAUGACUAUGACGACAGCUUCCUGAGAGAGGCCAUGGAGAGGAAGAAGAUGGGUGAGCAGCAGAGGGCCCGCAGCCGGGACCGACUGGACACGGAGAGCGACCGCUCAGAUAGGGCGAGGACACCACGUGGACCGCCCCCACUCCCUGUAAGCUCGCCUGCUGGAUACGCUGGUCGCCGUGACGACUACCCUCCACCUCCACUUCCACCAUACAGUGACGAGGAAAGUGUGUCAUCUUCAAAGAAAAGCAACCUGCGCAAGAAUGGAGCAGUGAGUCGGGAGAGCCUGGUGGUGUAAAACUAACCGUGAUGGGAGCAACCUGUCCAAUAAUGCAGCUUCAAUUCAUCAGUUUAACCAGAUACAUGUUUAAGACUGUAAAUAUCUUUCACACUGCUAAUUUGCCGUGCUGAUUUUUAUAUUGCAUAAUUUACGAUAAGCUUAUGACAAAUUGAUGCUGAAUGUGUAUGUGUACUUUUCUAACAGACGAGGUGCACAAAUUAAAUGUUUUUUGUUUCUUUUCAUGUAUAAAACAUUGUGGCUGCCACAAGUGCCUUAGUGUGUACAGAAUUUUACUUUUAGAUGUGAAAUAAUUCUCUGUGAAAGUGUUCACAAUUUGAAUAAACACGUACUGAUUGGUUUCAAAUUAGUUUUAACCUUUUACAUAGUUUCAGUAAGUUGAUAGAGAUACUGAUGUAGAUUCAUAGGGGUUUAUUGACUGUUUUAUCUUUUUACCUGUGAAGAACUGUUUUUAUAAGAAAAAAUAUGUACAUGAAUAUUUUGUCUUUGCCUUUUUCUUGUGUUAGUGUGCUCAAUGUAUUUAGAAACCUGGUGAACAAAAUAGUCUUGGUUUAAAUUAGUGUUGUUUAUUUUUAGUUGUUUUUUUCUUUUUUCUUUUUUUUUUACACUGAAUUUCAGUUUUUAACCUACAGUAUAUUGUACAGCCGACCAGUAAUACAGUCUGAAAAUGAAAUUUGUUUAUUGUGAUGUGAUAAAACCUAAUUUUACAAUAAAGGUCUCCAUGGCCA